GCUUUGGUUAAACCCUGAACGCGUGAAUAAAACCCUCGCGUUUCCUAGUUCCCAAACAUUGGCCGCCGCACAUCGCCGCCUCGGCCGUACGUUCCUCACAAACCUUGGCCUAUCCGGUAUCUCACGGGAAUCGUCGAGAUCGAUAAGGAGAUAUACAGGGAUGGGGAGCGACAGUGAAAAUGAGAAGUCAGUGAAGGAGAGGAAGAAGUUGAUGGCCGUCGCCCCGAUUGCCAAACCCUUAGCCGGAAAGAAGUUAUGCAAGCGGAGCCUCAAGCUCGUCCGACGAGCUGCUGAGGCUAAGUGCUUGAAACGUGGAGUGAAGGAAGUAGUGAAGAGUGUGCGCCGUGGUCAAAAGGGAUUGUGUAUUAUUGCUGGGAAUAUAUCUCCUAUUGAUGUGAUUACCCAUGUUCCCAUCUUACUGGAGGAAGCUGAUAUUCCCUAUAUAUACGUUCCAUCAAAAGAGGAUCUCGCAGUUGCUGGAGUCACCAAGAGGCCAACUUGCUGUGUAUUGAUUACAACCAAACCAACUAAAGGGGAGUUGACCCAAGACGUGCAAGAGAAGCUGCAAUCAGAUUACAACCAGGUCGUAGCAGAUGUUAAGGAGCUCACAGCUUGCCUCUUCUGAACGUGUCAAAACUUUCCGAGUCACCCAUGUCUGCAGUUUACUUAUGAGCAAUUUUUUCCAACUUCCGUUACAAGCCUGAAUCCUUAGUUAUGUAUUCAUGCUUCAUGCUUGAUACAAGACAUUAAUAUAGAACGGUUGACCGCGCGUUGCUAGUAUCUGUGCUGAUUAAGCUCCGUCAGUGUGGAGUCUUGAUCUUAAGUUGGCCUUGAUUUGGGACGCCAAUGUUUGAUUUUUCCUACUUUGUCUCACUAUCCGGACGCAAGAGUUUGCAGGAUAUCCACCACUGGAUGUGGAUAAGGAGGAAUUUAUGUAAUCUUGGUAUUAGACAUCAAAUAGAAGCCCUUGUUGAGUAUUUUAAGGUUAAUUAUUGAUCC